AUGAUUAGGAAUCUAGGAAUCUACUCUUCCCGGCCCCUCCCACUGUCGUGCCCUCCCCCUGCCCGUCGCGUCGCCCCCCCUCCCCUUCCCCUGCCCGUCGCGUUCGCCUCCCCUUCCCCUGCCCAUCGCGUCGCCUCCCUUCCCCUUGCUCGUCGCGUCGCCUCCCCUCCUCCUGCCCGUCGCGUUCGCCUCCCCUUCCCCUGCCCGUCGCGUCACCUCCCUUCCCCCUGCUCGUCGCGUCGCCUCCCCUCCUCUUGCCCGUCGCGUUCGCCUCCCCUUCCCCCGCCCGUCGCGUCGCCUUCCCUCCUCUUGCCCGUCGCGUUCGCCUCCCCUUCCCCUGCCCGUCGCGUCGCCUCCCCUCCUCCUUCCCGUCGCGUUCGCCUACCCUUCCCCUGCCCGUUGCGUCGCCUCCCUUCCCACUGCCCGUCGUGUCGCCCUCCCCUCCCCGCCCCGUCCCACCGUCGACAACCUCCUCCCCGCACCUGUCCUACCGUCGCGCCCUCCUCCCAGCCCCUUCUCACCAUCGCGCCCUCCUCCCCACCCCUUCCUACCGUCACGCACCCUCCUCCCCGCCCUCUCCUAACGUCGUGCGGCCUCCCCCCGAGCCCACCGUGCCCUCGCCCUCACCUAGGCUCGCACCUCCGCGUUAGCCCGUUCCCACCCGCGAUUGGCACCCGCCCGAACCCCACUUUUGCCCUGCGCGCGGGGCCCUAG